GACGUUUCGCCGCACGGACCACGUUCGCGGUCCGCCAAAACGUCACCUGGGAUGGCAGGUGCGCGUACAGUAAAGGUAUCUUGCCGUUGUCCACCUCCUCGCCUUUUACCCUCUCCACCGGCACCAUGAAUGUGACUUGCACCAUCCUUCAACCCGCUGGAUCAUGAACAUUGUCAUACUCGUCGAUCCGCGGCUUCCCUGGCGAUGACAACACUGCUGUCCUCCUCACGCACCUUGGAAUCAUGAAUGCAACCCGCCGAUUCUUCUACGGCCCUUCGCCUGAAGAACAGAAACAAAAAUGUAUGUCUCUCGUGCGGUCCAACGACCGCAAGCUCGACCGCGACAUCGCCAACCUCAAAGCCCUCGAGACGAAGACGCGCAACUUCAUCUUGCAGGCCAACAAGCGAGCCCAGCGCAACCCCGCCCGAUCCCAGCAAGCCGCGCAAGAGAUGCGCACGUUCGCCAAAGAGUUGGUGCGGGUACGGAAACAAAAGGCGCGUGUUGUGACCAGCAAGGCCACUCUCGCCAGCGUCGGUAUGCAGGUCCAAGAGGCCUUUGCCAUGCAGAAGAUCGCGGGAAGCAUUAAAUCUGGCGUGGGCAUUAUGAAAGAUGUGAACACCCUUGUGAAACUACCCGAGCUUUCCGGCACCAUGCGGGAGUUGAGCCAGGAAUUGGUGAGGGCGGGCAUCGUCGAGGAGAUGGUGAGCGAUUCAUUGCCCACCGAUGAAUUACUAGAGGGCGAGGACGACGAAGCGGAGGCGGAAGUCGACAAGGUAUUGGGGGAGAUCCUGAAGGACAAGGUGCAAGGUGCACAAGUUCCGCUGGAGCCUGUGCAGCCCGCAGAAGCGCAAGCAAACGAGGAGGAAGAGGAGGCGGAUGCGGAAGAGAUGCUGGCGCAAAUGAGAGGCAGAUUGGAAGCGCUGAAGAGUUAGGCAGUGCUGUGUGGAGGGUUUGGCUGUAGAUCAAGGCCUGGAUGGCGUUGGCGUUUUCGAUGGAAGACUAGAUGAUCGUUUCACUGCAUACUACUUCCAUAUGCAAGCCUUUUCGUGUGCAUAUCGGGGUUACGGACGCAAGGUCUCGCUGCCAUUCAUCCUGUGCUCCGAUCUCAGGGCAGGCAUGCGAUGCCUCAGGCGUGGAUGCGGGAGCAAACAUUCGGCUGCGAGCGUUAGCGCGCGGCUAGCGGGCGGGCGCAGCC